AUGACGACCGCGAUGACUGCGCCAGUUCUCUCCGACAAAGAGAACCAUUCAUUAUCGCGACACAGCGAGGGCACGUCCUCGGAACCUGCAACGAAAAAAAGAAAGCUCGGACCUUCAGGACCGUCCUCGUCACAACCUCUACAGUCGCAGCCUUCAUUUGCGGAUGUACUGGAGAAACUUCAGGAAGAGUCCGGGGACCGAACGGAUGCUGAGGGCGGUGCCGAUGAUUGGGAUCGACCUCCCAUGCCUCAGCUGAACGACAGAAAAGACACCAUUAUCUUUCAGCAGAUUGAUAUCGAGGAUUCCUAUGAAUCAGGUGUGACUGUUCGGAUGUACGGUGUGACUGAGACUGGUCACAGUGUGCUCGCGCACGUAACGGAUUUCCUUCCAUAUUUUUACAUUCCUGCACCCCGAGGAUUCACGGAGGCGGACGUCGGUGCCUUUCAAAUCUAUCUUAAUAAUCUUACUGGAGGCGUCCGUGGCGCUGAAUUGGCCAGGAAACGCAGCCUGUGGGGAUACAAGGGCGAUGACUGGGUUAUGUUCAUCAAACUGACCAUUGUGGAUCCCAAGACUCUGCCCAAAGUUCGAGGCGUCUUCGAAAGAGGGGAGUGUGCCUUCCGAGACUUUUUCUCUGGGCCGGUGUCCACAUAUGAGAGUAAUAUUGUCUAUACUCUGAGAUUUAUGAUCGAUACCAAGGUUGUCGGAAUGAACUGGAUCGAGGUCCCUGCCGGGAAGUAUCAGCUUCUUACCGGGGACCAAAAGCGUUCAAACUGCCAGAUCGAGCUCAAAGUCAGAUAUGACCAAUUUAUUUCUCAUGCUCCCGAAGGCCAGUGGUCGAAACUCGCGCCGUUACGCAUCCUGAGCUUCGACAUCGAGUGUGCCGGCCGCAAGGGCAUCUUCCCCGAAGCCGAGAUAGAUCCUGUCAUCCAGAUCGCAAACAUGGUGACCCGCCAGGGUGAAAGCAAGCCUUUCAUCCGGAACGUCUUUACGUUGAACACGUGUUCGAAUAUCCUGGGCUCUCAAGUGCUAUCGUUCGACGAUGAGGCGAAGAUGUUGCAGGCGUGGCGCGAUUUCGUGGAUAAAGUCGAUCCUGAUGUAGUCAUUGGGUAUAACUCUGCGAAUUUCGAUCUGCCGUACUUGCUUGACCGGGCGAAGACGCUGGGAGCGAAGAAGUUCCCGUACCUUGGCAGGUUGAAAAAUACUAAGACGCAGACGAAGGAUACACAUUUCUCGUCUAAAGCCUACGGACAGCGUGACUCCAAGGAAACGCCAAUGGAUGGACGGCUGCAGAUUGAUAUGCUACAAUACAUGCAGCGGGAGUUCAAGCUGCGUAGCUACACUCUCAACUCGGUUUGUGCGCAGUUCCUUGGCGAACAGAAGGAGGACGUGCACCACUCCGUCAUUACGGAGCUGCAAAACGGCACGCCAGAGUCGCGUCGACGGUUAGCGGUCUAUUGUCUCAAGGACGCUUACUUGCCGCAACGGCUGAUGGACAAGCUGAUGUGUUUCGUCAAUUUAACGGAGAUGGCUCGUGUCACGGGCGUGCCGUUCAACUUCUUGCUUGCUCGUGGGCAGUCGAUCAAGGUGUUAUCGCAGCUGUUCAGACGAGCCAAUGAGGAAGGCUACGUGGUGCCUGCCCUGAAGGGAGAAGGCACGGAUGAUCAGUAUGAGGGAGCCACUGUCAUCGAACCAAGCAAGGGAUACUAUGAUGUGCCCAUUGCCACGCUGGAUUUCAGCUCUCUGUAUCCGUCGAUCAUGAUGGCGCAUAACCUGUGCUACACGACGCUACUUGAUAAGGCAACAAUAGACAGAUUGCACCUUGUCAAGGACGUAGAUUACGUGCAGACACCUAAUAACGAUUUCUUUGUCAAGGCUUCGAAGCGAAAAGGAUUGCUGCCCAGCGUUCUUGAGGACCUCAUCUCUGCCCGGAAGCGGGCCAAGGCUGACCUGAAGAAGGAGACGGACCCAUUCAAGCGAGCCGUGCUAGACGGUCGACAGCUCGCUCUCAAAAUCAGUGCGAACUCCGUAUAUGGAUUCACUGGUGCCACCGUCGGAAAACUACCGUGUCUGCCCAUAUCAUCUAGUGUCACUGCGUAUGGUCGCCAAAUGAUUGAGAAGACGAAGCAGGAGGUGGAGGCGGAAUACUCCAUUGCCAAUGGCCGUUCGCAUGAUGCUAAGGUCAUUUAUGGUGAUACCGACUCUGUGAUGGUGAAAUUUGGACCCUCAGAUUUGAAGGAGGUCAUGGCACUAGGGAGCGAGGCUGCUGACUUUGUGACGUCGAAGUUCAUAAAGCCCAUUAAGCUCGAAUUCGAGAAGGUCUACUUUCCAUACUUAUUGAUUAGCAAGAAGCGUUAUGCGGGUCUCUAUUGGACGAGGCCUGAGAAGUAUGACAAGAUGGAUUCCAAGGGUAUCGAGACUGUGCGACGAGACAACUGUCGUCUGGUGUCUACGGUCAUUGAGACAUGCCUGCACAAGAUGUUGAUUGACCGUGACGUGAAGGGUGCUGAGGAGUAUGUGAAGCAAACGAUAUCAGAAUUAUUGCAGAAUAAGGUCGAUAUGUCACAAUUGGUCAUUACGAAAGCCUUGGCGAAGUCUGACUAUGCGGCUAAACAAGCACAUGUUGAGCUCGCGGAGCGAAUGAAGCAACGCGAUGCUGGUUCCGCGCCUAACCUUGGCGAUCGUGUUGCGUACGUUAUUGUGAAAGGCAUCAAAGGUGCUGCGGCCUACGAGAAAUCCGAGGAUCCGCUAUAUGUCCUUGAGAAUAACAUCCCUAUCGACACCAAGUACUACUUGGAUAAUCAAUUGUCGAAACCAUUGAUGCGUAUCUUCGAACCAAUUCUCGGCGAGAAGGCGUCAUCUCUCCUAUCAGGAGGGCACACCAGGUCUAUCCAGAUCGCUACUCCAACAGUCGGCGGUCUGAUGAAGUUCGCGGUGAAGACCGUUACUUGCCUAGGGUGCAAAACGCCUCUGCGAGCCAACAACAGCGUCAAAGGUGGCGCUGUUUGCAAGAACUGCAAGCCCAAGCUCGGGGAGCUGUAUCAGAAACAGGUCAUUGGUACAUCUGAGCUGCAAGUUCGCUUCUCACGUCUCUGGACACAAUGCCAACGUUGUCAAGGGUCCUUGCAUCAGGACGUCCUGUGUACCAGUAAAGAUUGCCCCAUAUUCUAUAUGCGAAAGAAAGCACAGAAAGAUGUCGAAGAUGCAGAGACUGUACUGGACCGUUUUCACGCAGAGGAGUGGUAAUUUUUGUUAUUGUAUCCGUAAUUUAUACUUAGUCUCGAGGAUGUGUAUAAUCGUGACGUACUAUAUAUUGAAUAACAGCAACGGGUCAUAGUACCAGC